AUGGCUAAAACUUUUAGCUUGAAACUUCUGAUUGAUGAGAAGAUAAACAAAGUUGUGUUGGCUGAGGCUGAUCAGGAUUUUGUUGAUGUGCUCAUUAGUCUUUUGACUCUCCCUAUGGGUAAAAUCGCUAGUUUGCUUAAGAAUCACACGACGGUCCUAGGUUGCUUUAAAAACCUUAACAAAAGUGUUGCAGAUAUGGCCAUUGAUCAUUUUAACACUGAAGCUUGCAAGAGCAUGUUGCUCUAUCCGAAGAGUACUAAGGAGAUUCAUUGCAGAAGGCUCAAGUUGAACUUGAAUGAUACUGAUGAUGCUACAAGGUUCUAUAUGUGCCCGGAAUUUUUUACGGCUCGUUCAUGCACCAAAGAAUAUAGAAAUUUUAGCACCUCGAGAUGCAGUUGUGGAGAACGGAUGAGUCGUGAGAUUCAUAUCCCAGAAGCAGAUCAAGUUGGAGAAGUGAUAGGAGAUAAUGCAGAUGGAGUAUUUGUCAGUUGCAGAUCUUCAUUCAUUGUGACUGAUGAUCUGAAAGUGUCACUGAACUCUAUUGGUGAUAUAAUGAAAGUUCUUAAGGAUUCAGGGUAUCUCUGUUUUAGUGAUCUACGAGAAACACUACUUGAUGUAGGGUUCGAAGAGGUGCUGACUCUACUGGGAUGUUUAUUCACUUCGGAAACUCCCUUAACAUGCGCAUUCCUCAAGAAACAAUGCUUGCCAAAGAUGCAGAAAAUGCUAUCCCCACCUGUGCCAAAAACGGACAGUGUAGAACCAUGCAGAGUGUUCUCUGUCAAAGUUUUUGUGAAAAAGUUUGAUAGGGUGAUUCUUUAUGCUGAGUGUAAUGAAGACUUCAUUGAAUCACUUCUUACUUUUCUGAUUCUCCCUCUUGAGUUGGCGUGCUCAUUGUCCAAUAACAAUACCAUUUUGGGAUGUGUCGGAAAUUUGUGCAGAAGCCCGUGUAGAAGAGCGUCUGCAUCCAAUUUUUGUCAAAUCCCUGAUUAUUAUGCGUGCAUUAACAACAAUAAUCUGUUUGGUUAUGUCUGCUACAGCUCACUAACGUAUGAAUGCUUAGUUCCUCCUUCCGUUUUAUCGAGUUAUAGUUUCGCCAGGUAUUUUAGAAGACCUCUGCUCCCACGAAGUUUCAAACUUGUGAGUGUGUGUCCAGUUAACCCAAAAGUAAAGUCUGGAAGUUCACCAAUAUAUGAGACUGGGUUUAUGAAGAAGAAUACUAAGUUCAUCGUCUCUAAUGAUCUUACCAUAACUCCCAUGAAUUCAUCUUCAACCAUUGGCUUGCUUAAGAAGAUGGAGGUUGAUUUCAGCGAUCUUGAGGAGCAUCAAAUUAGUAUUUCUAAAGCAGAGCUCAUCAACAUUCUCAGAGCUUCGUUGAUCUCUUCCUCUGCAUUAACUAAUGGUCUCUCAAGCUUGCUCCUGAAGAAACCGAAGGAAGAAACUUAA